AUUAUUAAUAUUUUUUUUUCUUUAUUAAUCCACUUAUAUUUUGGGUAAUUGAGCUUAGAUUAGUUAUGCUCAAUUUAAACAGGAAAGAUUCUGUCUUUGUAGCUUUGUUUGCCCAUUUACUUGCAGCCCAAAGGGAUAAUUUUGUGAUUCACUGGAGCUUGUAUGUUUUUGCAUUGGAAUGUAUUCAAUUAUCCUAUGUAAUUAGCACUUUUAUUACAAAAAUUGUAGAGAAAUUAGGAAAUUUAGAUUGUAUUCCACUUGACCUGAUAUCUUGCCCACAAAAGCCCCGGAACCGGCACUACAGGAUCGGUGCCCACAAGGAGCCCACCACAUUGGGUGUAAUUCCCACACUGCGGGUGCCAGAAUCUAUCCUUGCCCACAAUUUACCAAUCAGGAACCAACUGAGCUGCCUUUACGGACUUAUUACUUAUUAGGAUAUCUUGUUUAAAUAGUUAUACAAGUUUCACAUUCCACUUGGUCUGUUGGAGAUGGAUAUCGGGGUGUGGUAAAGAAUGUUGUUGAAGAAGUGGUGCGUUGUUCUUGUGGAAACUAAUGCCUUGGUGUUUAGGUACGUUACUCCCAUGCUUGUGGGGUGGCAUGAGGCGAGAUCAGGAUGGCUUCCUUCCUACCUGUAAAGAUGUGCUCCUUUAAUGUUUUCAGUUCUGUUGCUAAGUGUAAAGAUGUCACUGACUAUAAAGUACGACCAAGGUGCCAUGUUAUGCUCUCUGAAGAAGAACAAUCUCGUCGCCAACUUCUCGUACGGUGUGGUGUGAUUCCUUUUGUUUCGUUUUUAACAGUUAAUUGCAGACUUGCAUUGUUACCUGCUUGGGCCGGAGAUCAAGCAAAUGCCGAGGAAGAGAAAGACGAGGGUGUUGUUGGGGCCUUAAAGUCCUUGUUUGAUCCAAAUGAGAAAACCAAAUCAGGGAAAGUGUUACCAAAGGCGUACUUGAAGUCAGCGAGAGAAGUUGUUAAGACAUUGCGGGAAUCACUGAAGGAGGACCCCAACGACAUAGCCAAGUUUAGGCGAACAGCGGAUGCAGCAAAGGAGUCCAUUCGAGAAUAUCUGGGUGGGUGGCGAGGAGACAAAACAGUCGUCAAGGAGCAAUCAUAUGUCAUGCUAGAGAAAGCAAUCAGAUCUUUGGCCGGCUUUUACUCGAAGGCUGGCCCAUCUGCACCACUGCCAGAGGAUAUCAAAACCGAGAUUCUAGAUGAUCUGAACAAAGCAGAAGAGGUUCUGUAAAAUGAGGUGUUGCACAAGAAACUGUACAUGAAAUGAAAUGCAAACAACUCACUGAAUGUCAUUCUUUUUUACUCCAUUUUGUUGUAAAGAUUCUUUGUAAUGAAGAGUUCCCUACUUUAAAAGAUGCACUGACAAAUAAGUGGUGUAGGAUUAACAAUGAAACAUUGCUGGAGUGUUAACCUCAUCCAAACUUACAGAACAUUCUCUGUU